AUGGAAGGUGUCAUGAGGUUUGGAAAGAAGGGGAAACUUAGUCCCCAGUAUGUGGGCCCAUACCAAAUCUUGAAGUGUAUUGGAAAAGUUGCUUAUGAGGUGGACUUGCCAAAUGAGUUAGCCCCAGUGUCUCAUGUCUAUAUGCUCAAAAAGUGUAUUGGUGAUCCAGUGUCCAUCCUUCCUUUAGAAGGUUUAGGAGUUGAUGAAAACCUUUCUUAUGAAGAGGUUUUGGUUGAUAUUUUCGACCGGCAAGUGAAGAAGUUAAGAAACAAGGAAGUAGCCUCCGUUAAGGUAUUUGGAUUUAGGGACAAAACAUGGACGCUGUUGGCCAAAAAGGAACAAGGUGGCUGA